CCAGCAGCGCAGAAAAAAAACUGCACACACCGUGCCGCCUUCUUCAUUAUUAAAUUCUCAGAUUACGGCCAAGCAAGACUUUAGUAAGACAGAGACUGUCGGUCUGGUCGGAUAAGUGUCGGACCGCGUGCGCGCAGCAAAAUCUCCGGUGUGCUUAGGGUCUGAACUCGAGUCGAGUAGUAGAACUGUGUAUUCGCGAGGCGCGCCAAUAACCCUUUGCAACAAACGCACAGAAAGAGGCGAAAAGUUUUGCGCAAAAAUCGACGUCUUCCGUGUUCGACCGGGGUAAAUUGCAGGUCUUCGCGAUCGACAUCAACAGCAACAGCAGCAGCAGGACCAGCCGCCAAAUUUGCUCGGUACAGUGCAGUCUGGCGCGGAUACGCGAUAGAGAAGAGCAUACACGAAUGAAUUGCCAAUCCGAUAGAGAAGGUUUUGCUUUUGAAGUUUAAUUGAGUGCUGAUUGCAAAGUGUUUAGAAAUAAUUAUAAGCUUCAACCCUUAGCUGAAUUUCGUUCGAACGUGCGCUGAUCUCUCGGGCGAUCUUGAAAAUCCUGACCGUGGACGGACGACGCCGGGUUUGUGCAACACGACGUUCAAGUGCAAUUGCAGAUCGCAACAACGUGCAACAUCUAGUGAGGAUAGCGAAAAAUGGGAAAAUUGCAGAAUAGGUUGUGCUUAGUGGCUAUGGUGAUUGUGGUGAUUAGUGCAAUUGCUUGUCAAGCAUAUCAGCAUUCCAACAGUGAUUAUAGUGAAAAUCUGAAUCAGCAACAUCCAACGAAACAGCAAGCUCACCGUCAUCAUCAUCAGCAACAGCAGCAGCAACAACAACAGCAUCACCAUCAGCACCAUAAGCUGGACUCGGUGUCCUUAGGCAGCAGAAAUUCCUCUCGGUACUCACUAAUUACGGGCAGCGGAAACAAUUACUAUCAACCGCCAACGAAUCAUUAUCACUAUCAACCGCACGUCAAUACCGGCAACACUGAUCAAAGGCCCCACGCGCAGCACCAUAAUCAACAUCAUCAACCACCCAACAGGCCUUCGGUGGUACCAACGCAACAUAAUGUCCGGAGGGUGGAUAAUCCUGGCUUCCGGUGGAGAUCCACGACUAAUUCAUCCAGGGCCCCCAGGACCAAUCAAUCUGGCAACGCUGCUGGAGUUCGGCCGGUGAAGCGAAUGCUGAAGAACAACAACCAUCACCACAGGAAUAUCACCGGGAAAAAUGUGUGCACCGAGAAGCGAACCGUCCACGUACCAAUCUACAGAAAGGCGACCGUGAAACACUUUGGCCAGCCCUGUUCGGACCAGAAGCUAUGCACCGGCUUACGUACCAAUUAUGAGCCAACUUACCACCAGGUCAAGCGAGAGGUGUUCGCAUGCUGUCCCGGUUGGGAAACCACCAGCACCAUUGCCGAAGGGUGCCAUAAACCCAUUUGCCGAUCCCAGUGCCAAAACGGAGGCCGCUGCACGGCCCCGGAUACCUGUACCUGCUCGCCGGGAUUCUCCGGACCACAGUGCGAGCUGGACAUCAACGAAUGCAAACAGCACAAGCCGUGCGACCAGACGUGCUACAACACGGAAGGAUCCUACUACUGCACCUGUCGGGACGGAUUCGUACUGCAGGCGGAUCGUCACAGCUGUAGGAAAAUUGAUACGAUCAACGAUGUAGCGUUUGAAGCCAGAGAUAUGGAAAACGACGUCGAUUACGAUAGCCUCGAUACGCGAUUAACUAAACUAGAGAAGAUAAUCUUCAACGAGGAUCGCCGAUCGAUAUCGGAGACCCAUGAGCUGAACAAGAAGGUCCAGUACGCGAUGGAUGCGGUUUCGUCGCUGCGGGCGCAAGUAUCUCGAUUGACGCAAAGGCUAUUUCCUACGGUGGACUAUGGGAACCGGAUCAACUGAUCAACGGAGCUCGGCGGUUUCGUUGAUGCCAUCCCGUAGGUUGUUAAGCAAGUCCGAAUCUCUCUUCGACGUAGGAUGUAUUUAUUGUAAAUUAAAAGCAGUUUUUAUGUUUUAUUAUAAGAUUUCCAUCAAUCGUGUGCUUCCAAAAGGAUUCCAGUUGUAGCCUCCACCAAGUGCAACGAAACGAUCACUGCCCUCGAGAGUUCAUCGAAUGAUUCAGAAGAUGUGGCAACCAACAGCCAAAAACUAACCAGGAAAGUCAUCAGAAUGAAUCUCAGAAACGGCGUGCAUAUCAGAUUGUUUGCUCUUAUAUUUGUAUGCAGCAAAUCGGGAUGUCCGAGUUCCUGGUUCAGAAGGAAAGCGUUUGCCUCUCAUAAUUAGGUAUUUAUUGUCUUUACCAAACCAUUAAAAGGGGUAGCGCGUGUUGUGUGUUUUAGGAGAAAGACAAAAAAUGAAGAUCUUUACGAUCAUCAAUCAGAAGAAUAAAAUAUGGUGUUUUUGUCGACUAAAA